AAAAUUAAGUAAGCAGAAGAUUAGUUGAUAUUAUUUAUCAUCAUCAUCAUCCUCCAUAUUAAAUUAUACAGGAUGGGUCACCAUUCUUGCUGCAAUCAACAAAAGGUUAAGAGAGGCCUUUGGUCCCCUGAGGAAGAUGAAAAGCUCAUUAGGUUCAUCACCACUCAUGGAUAUGGAUGUUGGAGUGAAGUCCCUGAGAAAGCUGGUCUUCAGAGAUGUGGGAAAAGUUGUAGGCUGAGAUGGAUUAAUUAUUUAAGGCCUGAUAUAAGAAGAGGAAGGUUUACACCUGAGGAAGAGAAGUUGAUCAUUAGCCUCCAUGGGGUUGUAGGAAACAGGUGGGCUCAUAUAGCAAGUCACUUGCCUGGAAGAACAGAUAAUGAGAUUAAAAACUAUUGGAAUUCAUGGAUCAAGAAGAAGAUACGAAAGACUUUAGUUCCGCCCACGCAAGGUACAGCUUCCAUUACUGAGCUAGUAAACCAAGACAUGGCAACAACAACAACAAGGGCAAUACCAAUCCCUACACAAGAAACCCUAUUUUCAUCUCAAGCCCCAUUGUUUAUGUUUGAAAGUACAAUGACACCAAUUGAUCAAGGGGUACUACUUCAAGAUGUUAAUGUAAGAGGGGAGGUUUUCCAUGAACAAGCUCAAUUAAACACUUGGAAUAAUAAUAAUCAUCUCAACCAGCAGCUUCAACUUCAAGUCCCAUUUCCCCCUCCUUCAACUUCUUUCACAAUGGACACAAAUAAUAAUUAUUUGCCACCAUUGAUAGAUAAUAUGGAAACCAUGGUGCCUAUUGAAGUCCAAUCUUGUACUAGCUUGGAUGAAGAAGGUGGUGGAGAAAUAACACUUGAGAGCUUAAGGAGACAACAACAAGAGUUGAAUGAAUGGGUUGAAUCACAACAAUGCUCAAGCUUUUUGUUGUGGGAUAAUAUUAUUGAAGGACAAAUUGGUGGUAGUGUUGAGGGAACAACAAUACCAUUACCACCUUCAUCUUCAUCAUCAUCAAAUAUGGGAACUACACUAUCUUCUUUCCCUUCAUCUCUACACUCCGCCGCCCGUUAUCUCAUCGCAAUCAUGAUCAUCCCAGAAAAGAACCGCAGGGAGAUAUCAAAGUACCUCUUUCAAGAGGGUGUUUGCUACGCCAAAAAAGAUUACAACUUGGCAAAACACCCAGAAAUCGAUGUUCCAAAUCUUCAAGUAAUAAAGCUGAUGCAAAGCUUCAAAUCCAAGGAAUACGUUCGUGAAACUUUUGCUUGGAUGCAUUAUUACUGGUACCUUACCAACGAUGGCAUUGAAUUUUUAAGGACAUACCUUAAUCUCCCCUCUGAGAUUGUUCCUGCUACUUUGAAGAAGCAAACUAGGCCCGGUGGUGGUCGUCCCAUGGGUCCUUCUGAUAGCCGCCCACGUGGUCCGCCACGCUUUGGCGACGGUGAGAGGCGAUUCGGUGACAGGGAUGGAUACCGUGGAGGUCCACGAGGAGGCGGUGAUUUCGGUGAUAAGGGUGGUGCGCCUGCUGAUUAUCAGCCUUCAUUCAGGGGCCCUGGUUCAAGGCCUGCUUUUGGUCGUGGAGGCGGUGGUUAUGGUGGUGCCGGUUCUGCAAGCGGUGCAGGUCUUCCAUGAGUUUUGUCAGUUUAGGUUGAAUGGCACUUCCUAGUUCAUUUUGGGGUGUGCUUUUUUGCACUCAAAUGAUUGAGAUUAUCUAUGUUCUUUUUUCCCCCUUGUUUUUGAUGCUUUUGUUGCAUUGAUUUUCCUUGUUUGAAUUAGACAGUAAAUACCGAAGUUGUGCAGCUCAAUUUCGGAAGAAACAUUAAUUAUUAUAAUAUAUAAUGAAAUCAGUAUCUUUGGCAUUUUAUUUUUA